GCAUCGUGGCGGGCAGCCCUGCUCCCUGCGCGCCGAGGGCCUGGGAGGACCCCAGCGACGGAGGUAGCACAGGGCCCGGCGACGAGGCGGCUGCGGUGGCGGCGGCCCCUGCGACUGACGGCGCGCUGGUCGUCUGCGGAGCCCUCUCAGCCGGCCGCCCUCGCCCUCGCCCUCGCCCUCGCCGCUGGCUGAUCCCGGUGCAGCCGGCGCCAUGUCUGUGAGCGAGAUCUUCGUGGAGCUGCAGGGCUUUCUGGCUGCCGAGCAGGACAUCCGGGAGGAAAUCCGAAAAGUAGUGCAGAGCUUGGAACAAACAGCCCGGGAGAUUUUAACUCUACUGCAAGGGGUCCAUCAAGGCGCUGGGUUUCAGGACAUUCCAAAGAGGUGUUUGAAAGCUCGAGAACAUUUUGGUACCGUGAAAACACAUCUAAUGUCUUUGAAGACCAAGUUCCCUGCUGAACAGUAUUACAGAUUUCAUGAGCACUGGAGGUUUGUGUUGCAGCGGCUGGUCUUCCUGGCGGCCUUUGUUGUGUACUUGGAGUCAGAAACACUAGUGACUCGAGAAGCAGUCACAGAAAUUCUUGGCAUUGAGCCAGAUCGGGAGAAAGGAUUUCACCUGGAUGUAGAAGAUUAUCUCUCAGGAGUUCUAAUUCUUGCUAGUGAACUGUCGAGGCUGUCUGUCAACAGUGUGACUGCGGGAGACUACUCCCGGCCCCUUCACAUCUCCACCUUCAUCAAUGAGCUGGAUUCCGGGUUCCGCCUCCUCAACCUGAAAAACGACUCCCUGAGGAAGCGCUACGAUGGCUUGAAGUACGACGUGAAGAAAGUGGAGGAGGUGGUGUAUGAUCUCUCCAUCCGGGGCUUCAAUAAGGAGACAGCCGCAGCUUGUGUGGAGAAAUAGGAGACUCCCCGGGCCUGGCCUCGCUGACCUCAGUGGCCAGCGAGGUGAGCGCAGGGCCGCUCACUGCAGUCACGGUGCCCUGUUGCUAAGCACCGCGAUUUAUUUUCUUAGCCAGUUGUGUGGUAUGUGUAUCAGAAUCGGAACACAUCUUUGGGGGUUAAAGAUUAGCCUUUACAAGGACAGGGUUUUUUUGUUGUUGUUUCAGUGAAUUUGCUCUGUAAUUCAGUUCUGUCAAAAGUGCAAGUGUCAGUCUCUUGGUAAAGUUUAUUUCCUGCUUA